AUGACAACUGUAAACAGUACAUUUACGCAAGAGUGUGAAACUGAACAAGAUUUAAGACCCGGAGAAAUGAGUGUCAACGAGUCAUUUAUUGAAAAUGAAUCACCUCCUUCUUAUAUAACAUUUCGGAAAGGGAGUAGCGUGAUUCCUGCAAUUUCCGAUCUACAACAAGAAUUUAAAACUCGUCAAAGCAGUUUACUUAACAGGCUUGAUUCCUGGUUCUCAAAACAAGAAACAAAAUUUAAUACCCUUCCUAAUGACUUCGACGAAAUUAAAACUACGCUGAAAUUUAUCAGUGAUAAAUACGAUGAUUUAGACAAAAGAACUCAUGAUGUCAGCAAGCUCGUAUCUAGAAUAGAACAGCAGCUGAAAUCCACACCGGUCUUCGAGGCACGAAUCUCUGAAUUAGAAACUAAACUGGCUGAAUUUGAACAAAAAACUCGAAAUUGUAAUAUUGAGAUAAGUAAUCUGCCUAAAAAACGAAGCGAGAACUUAAUACAAAUACUGGAGAAUAUUGCUAAAGUCAUAAAGCAACCAAUUUCUACUAAAGACAUAGUUACAAUUCAUCGUGUACCUCAUAUGAACCCUAAGAUUUCACGCCCGAAGAACAAUCUUCAAUCAGAUGAAAGUUUAUCUUUUAUUGAAAACACACCGGAAAGAGAAAUAAAAAAUACACAAACACUUAAUAACAACCCAAUAGAGGAGCCGAAAACACCACGCCCAAGAGUGCCUAAUUUCACCAGCGACGAAAAGGCCUUGUUAGCAGCCCUAAUAAAGAGUAAACCAAUUGUGGAGUCGAAAGCAACUGACGGCAAGUCAGUUGAUAAAAAAGAAAACUGCAUGGGAGUCCAUAACGCAAGAGUUUAA